AUGUUAAAGAAUACGACGUUUUCGCGAUAUACCAACACGCUAGCGCGACGAAGCUCUGUAAGGGCGCAACCCUUGCUUUCGCAAUUGCACACUCGUCCACGUUGUUUGCAAACCUUACGCGCAAGCAGCGGCGUGGAGAGCUACGUUGUGAAGCCUAUCGCAAACGAAGCAGAUUUGGAGGCGGAGCGAACAUGGUUGGCUACCGCCAUGGCCACAUGGCUUGAUGAGGAAUGGACGGUGCUUCCGGAGCAUAAACAGCUAGGUGUGAAGCGGGGAGGGAGGGAAGCGGCCCACGGGCGCAGUGUGUGCAGCAGCGCGGAACGUAGCGGUCAGGCGGCCGCGAGCGCCUACGUGGAGUUGCGGAGGCGAGGAGAGGAUGACAUGGGUUCCGUGGUUCUGGCUGUGGCUUCGGAGCUGCUUCGCCCCGAGCUGGCUGCGGCCUUCCGUGCGUCCUUCACCGACCCCUUUGAGGUCUCCAACAAACUGGUGGAGACAGUGAUGUUGCGGGACGGUUGCGACGUGUGCUGCACUUCACAGGCCGACCGGGACCGCAUUCAGCGAAUCAAUGUCAUCAUGAGCAGUGGCGACAGCAGCUCGGAGGCGGGAGUCUGUUUGGGAAAAGAACGAGACUGAGAGAGACGAUUGGGGGGAGGUUUGGGAGGGAAACGUUAAGGAGGCGUAAAAAACAUCGAGUGGUCGCUUCUGAGGUGGUCGCUUGUGCACCUGGCGGCCGGGAAGGGGUAAAGACGCAGAUGCAUCUGGGCGCAGCUCCGGCAGCUCCAGCGCGAAUGUGCACUCUAGAGGCGGCCCUGAAGAGCUGCGGCGCCGUGUGGUGAAGCAUCAUCUGGGCAGCAGGACGAGCAGUACAACAUUUCACUCGACCUGGCAUUUGCCCGUACGGACUCUCGCCGUGUUGUUGUAUGUGUUGGCACCUUGUUGUGGCUGGCUGAUGUGGCCCUGGGCAUGGCGCACCUGGUGCGGCUGGUUUUAGGUACUACGGCUGCUGUUUGCGCUGGAGGUGCGGGGCGGUGCGGGUUAGGGCAGCUGCACAGGGGCUGGUGCGGGAGGACCGGGGCGGGCUGGAUACCAACACAACACCGGAGCGGGUAUGUAUACAGCCACCGCGCUAGUGGCAGUGCGACCGCUGUGUGUGUGGGGGGUUGAGGAGAUUGGAAUGAAACUAUAACAAACUACAACCCGCGUGUGUGUGUGUGUGUGUUGAAGGAGGGCAAGAUGGCUACACACUUGCUUCGUAUUCGUCGCAAAAAGAAAAAGAAAAUCGGAGCCGUGAGUUGAGAACAUUGAAAACAGCUCGCAACAACUUGGCAAUGUCGACACAACCACCUCUGUAAACGAAG